AUGCGGUGCGGACUUCUUACAGCCUCUUUGGCCAUGGCCGCUGGCGUUAGCGCCCUCCCCUCGCCCCAAGUACUGGCAGCAUCCGUGACGGCACUGUCAGCAAAGCUAUCCGGUGAUGCGACCAACUUAUUGACGGAUUUGAUCAACGGUGUGGCUAAGUCGCUGCCCCCCCAGGCUUUUAAGACGGAAUUUUCGCACGAGCCGGUGCCCAUCGAGGAGGCGAGAGCCCGUUUGGAGGAAUACACUUUCAACGUCAGCGAGGUGAUAGGUUCAGUUCACUUCGACAAGCGCCAGAGCGCUCAGAGAUGCUCAAACCCUAGUAUCCGCGUAGAAUGGGACCGUAUGAGCAAUACUGAUAGGCAAAAAUACUUCGAUGCCUUCAAGUGCUUGAUGCGCCUCCCUCCUUCGGGUCAAUUUCCCCAAUCCAAGAGUCGAUACGAAGAUCUCACAGCGCUGCACCAAAUACUCACACCUAACAUUCAUACCAAUGCAAAAUUUAUUCUAUGGCACAGGGCUAUGCUCCUUCUUUUGGAGCGUACGAUGCGUAAUGAAUGUGGAUUCAAUGGACCCAUGGCUUGGUUCGACGAAGCUCGCUAUGCUGGCCGCUUCGCGCAAUCCUCCCUGUUCAGUUCCCAAUGGCUUGGAAGCCUCGCAAUCAACAACCAGUGCGUAAAGGAUGGUCAAUUUGCCAACCUUAUCUGCAAUGUGGGCCCCGGCUCAUCCAACCAGCCUCAUUGUCUUUCGCGCAACGGUGACGGCGCCCUCACCAGGAACUGCAACCAAGAAUACGUCGACAUUUGCAACAACUACCCUGACUGGGCUGGAAUGACCGGAUGUGUCUUCUCAGGUUACCACUCCUUUGGCCACAAUGGAAUCGGAGGCCCCAUGAUGGAUGUCCAAGCCUCUCCUUGUGAACCAUUCUUCUUCUUUCACCACCUCUAUCUCGACCGCAAUGCACGCCUCUUCACCAACAAGAACCCACAAUGGCUCUCUCAAAUAAACGGAGUCGACGCCCAAGGCAGAUCACUCACCCUCGACACCACAGUCAAUACAUACGGAAUGAUGCCAGAUCUCACCAUCCGAGACCUCCUCGACACUCUCAGCGUACCUCUCUGCUACAGAUACGACUAUUAA